CUACCAUAAGAAACAUCCAAAAACAACCAGACGGAAUCCCGCUAACUAUCUUACCACACAUCUACCUGAACAGCCGCGAAAUACGUAACCCUCCAACAUUCCCCUUUCCCCUUCCCAUCCAGUUUCCGCCUUUCCCAUCCCCUCCAUUCCUUCUCGUAUUACCGCAAAAUCCUUCUUCCACAUGCCGUACGCGCAAGCUAGAUUAUGCACUUCGAAAACCCCCCCUUCGCUCCCGUUACACCCGCGCACGUGGCUCUUUCUCUCUCUCUCUUUCUUUCCCGCCCAUACUCUUUUCUCGAACAACCUAGUAUUACCCGGAAGUCUUCGGCGUUGUAUAUAUGUUACACGGAAUUUCUACGUUACAUUUCCCCGCAUAUGCUGGGAAGAAAUACGCGUUCGGACUGGUGUGAGAAUGUCGUAUUAUUGACGGGGUUGUGCUAAAGGGGUUGGAAUGGGAUAAGGGAGGGGGGACAAUGGCAUG